AUGGCAUUCCCGGUACAGUAUAAGGGCGGAGCAGCACUUAAAGGCGCCAUUAUUGUAAGUUUUAGAGUUGUGCCACUACAUAUUACAUAUUACAACUCCGUUCGCAAAGUCCCUGGACUGGUUUUUUUUUUGGCGUUUGCACUGUGCAGAAAAAGUCAGGGUGCAAGCGAAAGCCCAAAAAGGACUACUGACGAUGCAAAAAGAAAUUGCACAGUGCACGGUGAAAUUCUGUGUCCUCACAGUGCAUGUCGCAAAAAUCACCCCAGCGACUUUGCUAGCAAUAAUACGUAAAUUCUUAUACUAUGAUAAUUUUAUUACGUAAUUCUGAAUGAGAAUGGAAGUUUAUUGAACAUUGUUUCAGUUUUUAACAAUUGUAACGUUGGUUUUAUUGGACCCGUCGUACGUGACAGCGUAUAUCUCGAUCAACUACGAGAUUGUCAUAAUUUACAUCGUAUCAGCCCUUACACUCAUAUACUGCCUGGUUUCAUUAAUCAUGUAUCUUUUGUCAUAUAAAAGUCAGGAUGAAGACGAGGAGAUCCGGACGACAAACAGUGCUCUGGCGGUGGGUUGUGCUACUUAUUAUGUACAAAAACGAGUCAUCCUAAUGGCAUGAAUUAUUUAGGAGGUCGUCUUCAGCUCAGUAGGAGUGAUCGGAUGGAUGCUGGUCUGUGGAAUUGGGGGAACAGUGGCCCAGAGGACAAUUAUCGAAACCGGACAUCGCUUCGGAUGGAUGGGGGCAAGUCAUCUUUUCUUUUUUUAUCGGUUUUGAUUUGUCAUCGAUUACGCAACAGUCGGAAUCCACAAGCCUCAGAACUAGAUUAUCCAAAGUUAUUCCGGUUUUUUUGAAAAUAUUUUGAUCGAAGCCGAUAUCUGGCACUGGUAAUAUAAUUAGUCGAAGAAUGGGGUUCCGAUUCCCCUGAUUAGUAGGUGCAAAUAAUCUAGACGCCCCGUUGUAGCGACAAAAAACUAAUUAUAAGACCUGUUAUGAUGUUUUCGAUUAGAAUUAAUUUCAGGCGUGUGCUGGGAUUAACGCAGUCUUGUUUGUGGCCAUAAUGGGACUCUUCAUGAGCGGUCUUCUCAAGGAUAAGGUCUUUUCCCCAGAACGACGAUACAAGUACACAAACCGAAUGUAA